AAAUGUACAAUAGCAAAGGUAGGUUUUUGCAAACUUCCAAUUUGAAUUAUGUAUGACUCUGUACCUAUAUAUGCUUGUUAAGCCAAUGGAUUGUGACAUUUUUAUUACAUAAUAUUAUUUAUCUACAUAUACAUGCAUUCAUAGAAAUAUAAAACAUUCAUCAUGCCACCAAAGAAAAAGAAAGGAGGAAAAAAGAGUGGGAAGAAAAAAAGUGAUCAAAAAGGUGGAACCAAGUCUCCAACAGCUAAAGUCUUUGAUGUAUUUAAUGAAGUGACUAAAGAGUUUUUCCUUAUUCAAGUACGUGAUUUAGAACAAAAAAUAGCUCGUUACCAAGAAAGAUGUGAUAAAUUAGAGCUAAGGAAUAAAGAUGUUGAAUCAAUGUUUGAGCAACAAGCAUCUGACAAAAAAGAAAUCGUAUCAUUUUUAAAAAAGCAACUUGAGCAACGAUCAGAUGAAAUUGCAGACUUACAGGAAAAGAUUAUUACUAUUAAUCAAACCAAGGAAAUGGACAAAGACAGAUACGAGUUGGAGAUUGAAACUUUGAAAACUCAAAUGCAGGAAGUGAAGGACCAACUCACUAGUGAGAAUAUGGUUUUGGGUGGCAAACUAGCUUCCUUAGAAGAGUUCCGUAUACAAAAAGAAAACUUGCUAAAUAAAUUUUCAGAAAUGGAAGAACUUUUAAGUAAUCGAGAAAUAAGCCAUAAGGAGCAGAUAUAUCAGCUUGAGAGAAAAGGAGUUGUUGAUAAAGACAGAUUAAAAAAGGAAAUGUUUCUGCGUGUCAACACGGUAGCAGCUGAAUUUCGAAAAGUAUCAAAUAAACAAAUGGCUGAAACAACUAAAAGAACGAUUCGAGAAAAUGUCAUGAUAAACUCUCAGUUGUCAAAAAUGUCUGACAAAACAAUGGAGUUGAUCUCAGAAAAUGACGAUGUUAAGAUGAAAGAGAAAAAGCUGAGGCAGCAACUUGAAAUAUUGGAAGAUAACGAAAAAGAACUUGUGAAGAAAAAUAUAACUAACCAAAAGGUAAUAAGAAUGCUGACAGAAAAAGCACAGCAACAGGAACGAACGAUUGAAGAUCUGGCCGCGAAAGAAGUUGAUUUUGAAAAAACACAAAUUGAACUUGAUAAUUUGAAAAAUCAGAUUGAAAGGUUAACAAAAACUCAAGAAAGCUUAACCCAAGAAAAAGAUCACAUGCAAAAGGAUUGCCAACAACGUCAAGAAAAAAUUGGUGAGCUACAAGAAGACAAGGAAUAUUUGAUAGGAAUUUUAUCUGAUGCUACGUCUGUUAUUAAAACAGCUUUGGACCACAACCAAGAUUCCACUGACGCAGCUCUCACUGAAAUGAAGAACACCAACUUGCUAUACAAAGUCACUGAAAUUUUAAAUUUAGCAGUUGAAAUGGGUGUUGGAAUUGACCCUAAAGAUUUUGCAACAAAACGAAAAGGAAAAGCGAAAAGAAAGAUCAUUAGCUUAGGUCCUCCUGUUUUUAACAAAAGUGCACUGCGAGGAAACCUUCUUUCUCCAUCUAAACCUUUGGAUCAUUACAAGUUGGGAGAUUUAGGACUUGUUCCAAUGGGCAAAUCGUGUCAAAGCAAAUGCGCUGGAUAUGUCGACUCACAAAGAGUAAGAAACAAAGGAAAGGCUACUUUCUACACCGAUGAACAACUUGCAAAUGGUACGCCGCGUCAGUCCGCUUACGAUCUGGUGAAGAGUGGAAUGACAAAAUUUCCUGUUCUUUCUCCUAUCUCCUGAAACGUUUUCUGUCACAUCAUUUUGUAAUAUACUGUAUGAAAGAAAUAUUAUUUUUGUA